AUGAACAUUCGGGAGUAUUUUGGAAGAAUAUCUUUCGACAAGCCCCAUAAGGAUGCAGACUUGCAAACCCUGACAGCCAUCUUAGAGCAUCACAUCCAGACCAUUCCUUUUGAGAACCUCAGCAUGCACUGCGGGGAGGCCAUCGAACUGGAUUUGCAGUCUACUUACGACAAGAUUGUGAGGAAGAAACGAGGUGGAUGGUGCCUGGAAACCAACCACCUCCUCUUUUGGGCCUUGCAAGAAUUAGGGUACGACGUCUGUAUGCUUGGUGCAAACAGCUAUGAACCAGCAGAGAACGGAUACACUGCUGAGAUAAACCACGUCCUGCUGAAGGUGGUGAUCGAGGGAGAUUCCUACAUAGUAGAUGCUGGGUUUGGUGGUUCCUACCAGAUGUGGCAGCCACUGAUGCUGAUUUCUGGGAAGGACCAACCCCAGGGCCCUGGCAUUUUCCGCUUCAUGGAGGACAAUGGCACCUGGUACUUAGAGAAAGUCAAAAGGAAGCAUUAUAUUCCUGGGCACAGUAAUAAUGCCAACCCUGACACUCCACAACUGGAGAAUAUCCGAAAAAUACAUAGAUUUACUCUCGAGCCACGGCAUAUAGAUGACUUCAAGGAGCUAAAUGCGUACCUCCAGGUGUCUCCAGAUAACAUCCUUCAGAAGAAGUCAAUCUGCAGUCUCCAAACCACCAGUGGGGUCCUUGCCUUAGUUGGAUGGACCUUCACUGAGAUGCAGUACAACUACACGGAGGGCAUGGACCUGGUGAAUAUCACAACCCUUACAGAUGAAGAGGUUGAGAAGACACUGAAAGAUAAAUUCAAUAUAGUACUGGAGAACAAACUUGUACCAGUAAACGUUCGUGGCUUGCCACCUAAUUUAGUGGAUAAGAUCCAACUGUAA